AUGCAUCAAAAGGUAAAGGCAGAAUCUCUAUCGAAAACUAUGGCAUCGUGUAGAACUUUUAUAAAUGAAAGUGUAGGUACUCCACAACAUUGGAAUCAAGAAUAUGAAAAUAUCCUAAAACAGUUAUCUGCAUAUGAAAUAUAUGAUAAACUCAGCAAGGUUACUUCUGAUGAUAACACAUGUGCUAAAUACUGUGCGAAUAUAAUUAAUUCUAGUGAAGAUAUUGAUGAGUUUAAAAAACUCUGUCCCAAACUUGCAAGUAAUAUAAUGAAGUUAUCAGAAACCUUGAAAGACACAAAUUCACCCUAUGAUCGUUGCACGUAUAUGACUUACUGGACAUAUGAAAAAAUAAUAAAUAUAUUUAACAGCCAUAUUAACAAUGUGCAUAACAAAUCCGUUAUUAACGAGCUAAACAAAGCAGUGCUCAUGGCUAAUAGUGAAUUAACUGACAAAGACAAGUGUCUAUUUUCUUUUACCGGAAAUCUCUUGGAAUGGAAAGGAGAAAAGUUUUUACAUGAUUAUUUUAAAAACUACGAUAAAAUUAGGACAUGCAUUACAUCCACCGACGGCAAUAGUUGUAACUCUUAUUGUGGAUAUCUUAAACACAUCAGUAAAUUGUAUUACAGCUACAUCAACAAGUGCUGCUCUUGUUAUAGCUAUCCGGAACGUGCUUGUUUUGAGUUAUGUCCAAAAUAUUUUAACUGCGAUAUAAGUUAUUUUCCAAAUGAUCUCCUAUCUAAGAUUGGUUGCCAAGAAGAUGAAGAAAAAAAAGAAAAAGGAGAAUCUAACAAAACCGCAGAAGAGGUAUUCAAAAACAUAACAGUUGAUCAUGAUGUUAUCAGGAGGAGCCAAAUCGCAAAGCCAUGUAAAGGUUUAAUAUGCGACUCGUUUGAUACUUUCGCGUUAUCCUCUUUUUUGUUCCUCGGAAUUUUUUUACACUUUUUGUCUUUUACAAAGUAA